AUGCGCCAUAGCCUGCUUCUACUCACGAUGCUUUGGCUACAGAGGAAAGUGGCCGCAGUAGCAGAUUGUCAGAAUCGUGUCGACGUACUCUCGGCAAAUGAUCUGCCACCAGAACUGUCGGCCAUAUUUUCGGAUCGAAACGUCGUGAGGACGCCGCUGGACUGUGCGCUGAUUUGCUACAUGAAAAAGUGUGAUGUGGCUUACUACGACUUCAAAGCCAAGCUCUGCCAGUUCACUGAAAAUACCGCCAGCAGCUCGCAGAACUUAUCCUGCCCCCUCCUUGAAGCCUUCCGGCAACAAAUCCUCAGCGGCGAACAAGCCGAUGACGUUCAGAGAAGACCGAAGCCAAAGCCAUUGCCGUUGGCUUCGAACUCGCGAAUAAUCGGGCUCCCCGCUCCUGGACCACUUCCGAUCGGAAUUGGCAGAGUGCCACAGCCGCCAAGAUCAGUCGAGUUCCCGAAUCCGGUGCCGAUUUUUGAGGAGGUGACAAUCCCAUGGAAUGACCUCCGAAACGUCGGGACACCAUCGUUGGAAGAGCUGUCAAGAGAGCUGAUGCUCGAGCACAAGGCUUCACAUCGGGCGGAUAUCAUGACCGGGCCGUUCACGAUCGAAACGAAUAGUAUUACUGUGCCUGGAAUCCCGGCACCCCUCUUCCGGCCUACCGUACCCCCAGUUGUUCUGAUCGACUCGACAAGAUCGGGUGAAGCUGGCUUGCCGGAAGAUCGAGCUCCGUUUAACUCUGCCGAUCUCAGCUUUGAGGCCCAACCAUCCCGAGUUGGACCUCAGAAGCAGCAGCUCACCCGGGUCGCUGUCGCCGAGCAGAUACCAGCAGGAUUUUCGACCCUUCCCCGCCAACUCAUCUCCACCGCCGAGUCGCCGGAAAUAAUCCCCCGCGAAACCCGGGGCCAACAACAUCCUGCGCAUCAACAAAGUCUCAUGCAAGAUUCAUCGGGUAUCGCGGUAGUCUGCCAAAAAGACCAUGUUACCGUAAUCGGCUACCGUUCUGCCGUACCCGAAUGGAAAAGCCUCUGCGCCCGAUGUGGGUCGACGGUGGCAGCACGAAAAAUCGAGGAGCUGGCAUCGCGCGGA